AUGUCGACAUCGUCAGAAGCAAAUCGAAAGCCAUCGAUUACAUCCUAUAUUAAUUUGCCAUUAUUUGAUGAAUCUGAAAAAAAUCAAUUAGAUGACAACGACAAUGAACAAUCAGAAAUAAACGGCAAUAAACCAUCAACAGGCAAUGAUGAUACAUUUAGUUUUCGUGAUCAGCGCAGUAAAUUGAAAUCUUUGGGCAAUCUUUCGCAUCGAUCAUCGGUAACAAAAACACCAACGAAUACGACACGAGAUAUCUUCACUCGACGACGUGCUCUAGAUCCCAUCGAACAACAUAAUCUCAAAACCUAUGUACUCCAUCGAAAAAACAGUAUUGUUGAACACAUUAUUGGUUAUAACUAUGAUGAUAAUUCCAUCGUUGGUGGUCUUUAUACUCGUGUAGGCAUCGGAAUGAUUCAUUCGAGUCUAUCAAUUUCAAGUAAUUUGGAAAAUCGUUCAUGUACACGAUGGACAGCUGUUUCACAUGGUCGUUAUUGA